AGCCCACAGUGACAGGAAACCUGCCAACACUGUUCAAAAACAGCUAUCUAUUCAAGAGGAGGAGCUAAGCUAAGCAUACCACAGGGGGAUAUCAUUUAGUCUGUCACAGGGGAGUGGUACCUCAGUGUUACUGAGAGAGCUGCUGAACUUCCACCAUCAUGUUCCUCUAUCCACUUUUAUUAAAUUCUGCACUUGUUGGUGUCAGUUACCAGGAUGAAAUUAAACCAACCGCAAAGAUAAUGCAUGGUGACAAAGGAGACUUUGUUACACUGUCUUGCAACUACUCUGGUUCACCAUUCAACCUCCAAUGGUAUCGUCAGUAUCCCAGAUCAGCUCUCAAAUUCCUUCUCCUCACUACAGUCUCCUCAAACCCCUCAAUAGUUAACGCUACUCCUCCAUACCCACAUCUGUCUAUUAAACUGAAUAAGGAGAGAACCCGCGUGGAUCUGGAGAUCUCCUCUGCUGAUGUACCAGACUCGGCUCUGUACUACUGCGCCUUGCAGCCCACAAGAGGUGGAGCUACAAAGUCAAUGAGUGCUUUGACAUUACAGUAUGUAGUCUACAAUAUGUUUGAAGAGAGGAUAGCGAUACACUCUUACUUGACAGCGCAUGAAGCCAGUCAUUCAGACCCCAUGAAGAUGUUUUAUACAAUUCUGCUUUUUUCAAUGUUCAUUGGUAGCAGUAAUGAGGAGGAAAUAAUAUCAGCCACAACUGAAGAGUGUGUAUUCGAGGGUGAAGGUGUUACUUUAUCCUGCAACUAUACUGGCUCCUACACUACUGAUACUUUACUGUGGUACCAACAAUACCCCAGAUCAAAACCAGAAUUCCUGCUCCUCCUCACUGAAGGAGGGUUAAAGACACAUAAUGAAUCGACCCACCCUCGCCUGUCUGUUAAACUGAAUGAAGAUAAGACCCAUGUGGAUCUGGAGAUCUCCUCCACUGAAGUGACUGACUCUGCUCUGUACUACUGUGCUCUGAGGCCCACAGUGACAGGAAACCAAAAAACACUGUACAAAAACCUGACAACACACAAUAUACUGUAG